AUGCAACCUCAGCAGUUCUCUAGAAUUGAUUUGGGUGAUUUGAAAGCGCAGAUAGUGAAGAGGAUUGGGGCCGAGAGGUCAAAGCGGUACUUUAAUUACUUGAAUAGGUUGUUGAGUCAGAAGCUGAGCAAGAAGGAAUUUGACAAGUUGUGUCACCGGGUGCUAGGAAGUGAGAACUUGCCACUGCACAAUCAUUUUAUACGGUCAAUCUUGAAGAAUGCAUGCCAAGCCAAGACCCCACCACCAAUACAUUCAUCAGUUCCUGCAAAACCUGCGAUACAAGCUGCAAACAGUUCUCCAAGUAGAGAAGAUGGGCAGGAGCAAAGUGGGACCCUCUUUCCAAAUCAAAAUCAAAAUGUACCCGUUUGGCAGAAUGGGGUUUUGCCAGUGUCCCCACGAAAGGGUAGGUCCGGGAUGCGCGAUCGGAAGCUAAGGGAUAGACCAAGCCCACUUGGACCAAAUGGGAAGGUUGAUAGUGUGUCACAUCAAUCCACAGGUUCAGAGGAUAAUGGCAGUAAGGUUAUUGUGGAAAAUGGGGAUGUGCAUCCAUAUGAUUAUCAGAGACCAAUGCAGCAUCUUCAACCAGUUGCUGAGCUACCUGAGAGUGAAAGAGAUGGUGCAGUUCGGCGACCCAUAGAAAAACCACGGAUACACAGCAAAGACCAGGCUAACUUAGCUGUUAUUGAAGAUGAGGAAGAGGUGGAACAAUCAAACCGCUUAAGUUUCUCAAGGAGUCCUCUACUUGCGCCACUUGGGAUCCCAUUCUACCCAGCCAGCGUAGGUGGGGCCCGCAAAGCUUUGCCUGUGGGUAGCAGCUGUGAUUUCGUUGGCUAUUAUGACAAUGGGGGAUUGUCAGAUUCAGAGACGCUUAGAAAACGAAUGGAGCAGAUUGCUGCAGCACAGGGUCUUGGAGGUGUUUCUACAGAAUGUGCCAAUAUGCUGAAUAAUGUGUUGGAUGUGUAUUUAAAGCGACUGAUUAGGUCCUGUGUUGAGUUGGUGGGAGCAAGGUCUACAUCAGAGCCAAAAAAGAGUACUGCACCAAAGCAGCAGAUUCAAGGAAAGAUCAUCAAUGGCAUGUGGCCAAGCAAUCACUUGCAUAUGCAGAGUGGCAGUGGCCCCGUGGAAGAGCAAAGACCACGGUGUUCAAUAUCUUUGCUUGAUUUUAAGGUUGCAAUGGAGCUAAAUCCACAGCAACUUGGAGAAGACUGGUCAUUGCUGCUGGAGAAGAUUUGUAUGCAAGCAUUCGAGGAAUGA